AUGAGUAAAGAUAUUGUUACAAAGACUGAAGUGAAGGAUGAAAAAAAUAGUACUUUUCAUGAGAGUGAAUACUAUGAAUAUAAAAAUAAUAACAUAGAUUUAAAGGAGAAAAAAAAAAUAAAAAGUGUACUAGAGAGAAAUUCACAAGAAUAUGAAUUAAAAAAUGAAAAUGCAGAAAUUUCAAAAAAUAAUGAAAUCCAAAUAGAUAGUAUGAAAAUUAAUGGGCAAUUAUCGAAUAGUGAUUCAUACGUUUCAGAACAAACUUAUGAUGAUAUAAAAGACAAUUUAAAGGAUUUUACAGAAAAUAUGUAUACUGAAAAAUAUUCUGAUAUUAAAGAAGAAAGUGAAAAUGAAGAUUUUGAUCGUUACUUAGAAAAAAACAAAAGUGAUAUCAUAGAAUAUGAAGAUUUAAAUGUAGAUGAGUAUUUAAAGAAUAUAGAAAGUAAAAAUGAUAUUAAAGAGGGGUAUUCAUCUGAAAACAAUAAAAAAAAUAAUGAUAUAAAUGAAAAUUUUUCAGAAAAAGACUAUUUAAGAAAUAAUUCUGAUAAUUUUGAAAGUUGUGAAUUCUCUGAUAGUUAUAUAGAUAAAAUUAAAUAUGAAAAUACUCCAGAAUCUAGCGAAAAUUAUAAAAUUAAUAUAAAAACUGAAUCAAAACAAGAUUUUGAUAAAGAAAAUUUUAUGAAUAACACAGAUAUAAGUGAAAAUACAAAAUGUGACAUGCAAAUAGAAUAUUAUAACACAAUAAAAAAAAGAGAAUUGAAUAAAGAAGAAAAUGACGCAAAUGUAAUGUUUUUAGUGGAAGAAAAAAUAAAGAAAGAAGAAGAAGAACAAGAAGAACAAGAAGAACAAGAAGAAAAAGAAGAACAAGAAGAAGAAGAAGAAGAACAAGAACAAGAAGAGCAAGAAGAAAAAGAAGAACAACAAGAAGAAGAAGAAGAAGAAGAACAAGAACAACAACAACAUCAAAAAGAACAAGAACAACAACAACAAAAAGAACAACAAAAACAAGAACAUCAAAAACAAAAACAAAAAGAACAAGAAAAGGAAAAAGAUAUAGAAGAAAAGAGUAAUGAAGCUAAGGAAAGAGACAAUGACGAAAAAAAAAAGGAAAUAGAAACAGAACAAAAUGUAAAAAUAGAAGAAAUUAAUAAAGCAAUAAACAAAAAUGGCAUUCUAAAUAAGAAUAUACUAGAAUAUAAAUCAAUUGGGAAUAAAGAAUUAUAUGAAAAUGAAAAAAAAAUAAAGGACAAAAAGUUAGAAAAUAAAUGUAGCAUUAAUAAAAAUAAAGAAAAUUUAAUGGAAAUAAAAACAAAAACAAUAACAGAAAUAAAUAAAAUAAAUCUAAAAAAUGAGAAAAAAAAGAGCAUUCAAAAGGAACUAUUUCUCUCUGAAAAUAAAACUAAUAUUCAUAAAAAAGAAACAACAUUUUAUAACAACAAAAAAUUUAAUAAUAAGGACAUAAUUGAGGAUACAACAGAAGAUAAAACUAUAAAAAACGGAAAAAAAGAUGAAAUAAUGUUUGAUUUAUUUGAUUUAAAUAAUAAAAGACUGUCUGUUUUUGAUUAUUUAAACAAGAAAGACAGUAUAAAAAAAGAGGAAGAAUUUGAUGAAGAAAAAACAAAAAAUGAAAAAGAAAAAUCUUUUAUUAUAAAAAGUGAUAAAAGUUCAAGUGAAAACAUAAAUACUUCUGAAUCAUUGAAUAAUGAACAUGAAAAUGAUAAUAGUAGUUAUCAAUAUAAACGUGAAUAUCCUUAUACACAUAUAUCUGAUAAUUUUAUAAAUAAAAAUACAAUAAAACUUAACAGAUAUUUAAAAAUUAAAAGUCUAAUAAAAUCACCAAGUAUACAUAAAACAUGUUAUAAUAGUUACCAAGCAAAUAAUGAUAUAAAUGAUAGAAAUAGUCUUAAUAAAAAAUCUAAUUAUUAUAAUUCUAAUAAUAACAAUUUACUAUUAAAUAAAAAAAAUUACUUAAAAAAUAAAGUGUUUUUAUAUAAGAAUCCGUAUUUAUUAUUAAAUGAAAACAAUGAAUAUAAUGAAAAAUAUAAUCUCAAGAAAAUAAUCAAAAGAACUGUAGGGACUCAAAAAAAUUUUACAACAAAAAAAUUUAAUAAAGGUGUAAAUACAAUAAAUCUACAAUAUUUUAAAAAUAAUAAAAAAAAAAAAUUGCCUAAAAUAGAAUUUAACCCAAUAAUAAAAACUAAUAAUUAUGAUUUUGAUGCAAUAGUCGUAAAAAAUGGCCAUAUAAUCUCAAGAAAAAAAGAUCCUUUAAAAGAACUCUUUAAAAGAUACAACUUAUGUGAAUAA